AUGAACGUCUGUCCAUAUCUAUCUAUCUAUCUAUCUAUCUAUCUAUCUAUCUAUUCCAGUCCGUUUAUAUCUAUUUGUCUAACUAUCUAUCUAUCUAGGUAUCUAGCUAUCUAUCUAAUUAUGUCCAUAUCAUUUAACUAUCUAUCUCGGUCUGUCCAUAUCUAUCUAUCUAUCUAUCUAUCUAUCUAUCUAUCUAUCUAUCUAUCUAUCUAUCUAUCUAUUUCAAUCUCUUCAUAUGUAACUAUCGAUCUCAGUCUGUCCAUAUCUAUCUAUCUAUCUAUCUAUGUCCAUAUUUAUCUAUGUCUGUCCAUAUCUAUCUCAAUCUGUUCAUAUGUCUCUUUUCCCUUUCAUUCUCUCUCUCUCUCUUUUUAUAUGUCUACCUAUCUCUCUUCCCCCCCUCUCUCUCUCCCUCGAUCUCGUCAUCUCUUUAUCUGCUUUCCCUCUUUCUCUUUCCUUUCAUCCUCUCUUUCCUUCUCUCUCUCUCUCUCUCUCUCUCUCUCUCUUUCCCAUUUGCUUCUCAAUGCUUAUUCACUCUCAGUCAUUCUCUUUCUGUUCCCUUUCAUCUUCUCUCCCUCUCUCCCCCGUUUGCUUCUAAUUUCUUAUUUGCUCUCAGUCGUCUUCUUUCUCUCUUCUUCAUUUUCUCUUUCUUUCUCCACUUUGCUUCCAUCCAUUCUCUCUUUCCUCUUCUCGCUUCUUAUUCACUCUCAUUCAUUCUCUUUCAUUAUUUCUCCCUCUUCACCAUUCUCUUUCCCUAAUCUAUCCUACUCGCUUCUUUCUUUUAUAUCUCUCUUUCGGUAUCACUCUCUUUUUUUGUCUCGCCUUAUCUUCAUUACCCAGCUCUGUGCGUGUGUUCGUCUGCGUGUUUUUAACUUACUCUUCUUCCUCUCUUGUCAGUCGUUCCCCAGUUUUUCUCUUCUCUUCUUCUCUGUCCCUUUUUUUUACUCCUACUUGUGUGCGUUGUUGUCACCACGGCAACACUACAAUUCUCUCUCUCUCUCUCUCUCUCUAUAUAUAUAUAUAUAUAUAUAUAUGUCUUUUCUUUCUCUCUCUCUCUCUCUCUCUCUCUCUCUCUCUCUCUCUCUCUCUCUCUAUGAGCAAUGCGAUGUCGCCAUGGACACAGACAUGCCGCUAUUGGUCAGCGAUUCUGCAUCACAUAGCCACCUUUAUCUUCUACUGUCACCACAUUCAUCAUGCUUCUUUUUCAUCCUCCUCUUCUUUAUCUUUCUCUCCUUCUUCCUCUUCUUCCUCUUCUUCUUCUUCUUCUUGAUGUUCUUCCUUUACUUCUUCGUCCUUUUCCUCUUCUUCUUCUUCUUUCUCUUCCUCUUCCUCUUCUUCUUCUUCUUCUUCUUCUUUUUCUUCGCUUCUGUUUCUUCCUCCUUUUCUUCUUCUUCUUCUCAUUCUUCUUCUUCCUCCUCCUCCUCUUCUUUUUUUGAUCCUCUACUUCUUCUUCCUCGUCCUCUCUUCUUCUUCCUCUUUUUCUUCUACUUCUUUCUCCUCCUCCUCUUCUUCUUCUUCUUCCUCUUCCUCUUGUUCUUCCACUUCUUGCUCUUCUUCUUCUUCUUACUCUACUUCUUCUUCCUCGUCCUCUCUUCUUCUUUCUCUUCUACAUCUUUUUCUUCUUCUUCUUUCUCCUCCUCCUCUUCUUCUUCUUCCUCCUCAAUGCUCUCUCUCUCUCUCUCUCUCUCUCUCUCUCUCUCUCUCUCUCUCUCUCUCUCUCUCACAGAGGAUUAA